AUGAAGAUCGAUCUGAGGCCUUCGAUCAUCAUCGCGGGCUCAGCGACCACUGACCGCAAACAACAGCGCAUCGCUCUCGCAUUCCUGUCAAAUCGCAUUGGUCGUCACGAAACGUCAUUUCAAUUUCCAUCUCUGGAGAUGUCGUCGGUCGACUACGAGACCGACACCCUCACUUGUGCUAGGACCAAUCGGGUGGCUAGUCAACGCUUCUACAACCAAGUAAUGACGCCAUCGCGAAACUUCUUUCCACAGGACAUUCCUGUGAUGUUACAUCGCAGCCCUUCCGGUGCUAAACGCAAGAUUCGUCAAAGAAGAGAAGAGCAAGGAUCUCGUCCAUCGCCAUUCCUAACAGCUUCAUCUUCUAGUCCUACUACAACUGCUACUCCCGAUGAGAGUAAUUAUAGAUCCCUCAUUGAUUCGGGUGCUUACCAGUCUAUUUUGCCGGAUUUCGACCCUUCUUAUGUUCCAGUCCCCCAACCGAGAUUGAACUCUACUUUUUCGACAUCAAUGAGCUCGUUAGAUAUCACCAACACAUCUAUAUCAAGCAGCUCUACGCCACCUCCACCUCCGCAUACAAAACCUACGGUCGAAGUGCAUCCAAUGCCCAAUGAAGAGAGAAUAAUCGUGCAUGAUAUUGAGAUAAAGAAAGAGAAGCCAGCAGUGCCAGCAAAGCCGAAGAAUUUGAAGGUUGAUCAUCUGAACAGAUCCACGAGCCUGGGGUCUUUGGCCUCUCCAGUUUCUCAUACCACCUCAACGUUCUUAAACAAUUUGAUCGGUUCUCCUUCACUUGUCAGUCUGCAGCAGGCUUACAAUUCUUCAGAUCUUGGAUCUCAAGAGCUUAGAAAAUUGGACGAAAAACGAAUAGAGUCGAUUGGUUCGGUGAAUCGACGCCUCUGUGAUUUCGAAGAUGAGAGAAACGCUAUCGGUGAUGAUAUGUCGGCGAAUGAGCGAAACGGAGAGUACCUACUCAGUAUUAUUGAGAAAAACGAUCCUUCAUUAGCCAAUAAGGUUCGACGUCAUUUGGAACAUUUCAAAGAGCUUCUGCGUUUUGAAAUGAAGCUACGAUGUCUAAUGGCUAAAGUGGUCGAACACAUUCGUAAUGGUGGAGACCAGACUGAUGCACUCCUAGAAGAGUCGCGACUUCGAAGAAGGCUUGCUGACGUGAAUUUUCUUCGACUGACCUAUGCUCGCAGAGAAAGGGAUCUCGAAUGCGCAAUGUCGAGAUUUUUCGAAGAGGAGGAAAGCAGACAAUGGCAUUUCUACAAAGAUACUUUGAUUCAAUUAGUACAAAGCGAAGAGCAACUUCGAGAAAGUAUUGUCGACUCGAAACGACAUCUCCGAUCAUUGCAUAACACACGACCGAAUGUGUGA